AUGACAGAUGAAAACUCAUCUGAAAAGCCUAUUUUUGAAACUGUUCAAGAAGACAAAAACAAUAAUGACCAAACUGCUUUAAGUUCUCUAACCUCAAACACCCAAUCCAACCUAAUCAAACUCAACCCUAUCAUGCUUGAAAUAACACAAAACACAUCAGUAGGCAUCGCAAAAGACUUCCAAGCCACUUUACAUUACAUUUCCGCAAGACUCCCUAAAUUUAUCAGAAUCCCAUUCAAAGGCACUUGUAUGAAGCCAAUGCGUGGUGGGGAAACCUUUGUAUGUGGCGCGAAUAAAAGGCUCAUUAUUUGUAACGAAAAAGAAAUCCUCAAGGACUGAAGAAUUGAUGCAAAAAUCCAGUCAAUCGAUAUAUAGAAUUUUUCCAUAGAUGGCGCUAUUUGCCCUUGAUUUGCCCACUGAAACAAUUUUUUGGUUUGACCAAACCAUAUGGUACUGGUCGAGCCAAAAAAAUUUUCCAGUGGGCAAAUCAAGGGCAAACUGUGCCAUCUAAGGGAAAUUUCUAUAACAGAUGACGACAAAUUCGCAUAUAUAGCAACUGAAAAUCUGAUUAAAAAAAUAUCAUUAUAUGAUUUUGAGACAGUUACAACAUUUAAGGGGCAUGAGGAUUUAAUAACUGUUGUAUGUGUUUCAUGAGAUGAAAAAUUUUUGUAUUCAGCUGGAAAAGACUGCACUGUGCGUGUAUCAAUUGAUGAUGGGAUAAAUUUUAGCUCACAAAUACUAUAUAAGCAUGAAAAUAUUGUGCUGGCUUUAAAUAUUAGUAAAGAUGGCCUUCAUUUAUUGUCUGGAGAUGCUGGAAAAACAAUUAUUUUAUAUUCAAUAACUAAUAAAACAGUACAAUCAAGACUGGAAAGCCCUGAAGGGAAUAUUACUUGUGUUAAGUUUUCUCCUAAAAAAACUUAUUUCGCAACGAGUGAUCAGCAUUUUAAUAUAAAUAUUUGGAAAUUUGAGACCUGCAAGAUAGUAAAGGUGCUGAAAGGGCAUGAAAAUGAGGUGUCAACUAUGAAAUUUAAUAGCUCAGAUAGUAUACUUGUGACUGGGAGUAAGGAUAAUUCAGUCAGAGUAUGGAGUAUCCACACAAAUCAAGAUGAAGUUGUACUUUUAGGUCACGAAAAAUCUGUCAGAGCUAUAUCUAUUAGUUAUAAUGAAAAAAUAAUUUUUUCAUUUGGAAGAGACUAUAAAAUCUCUAUGUGAAAAUUCCCGAAGUUUCAAAAUAAUAAAUUGCUGUUUGGCCAUAAUGAUACCAUAUAUAAACUACUGAUAUCCCAAAAAAGGAAAUAUAUGCCUCUUACAGCAGAUAAAGCUCUUAAGCCUAUAUCACUAUUCUAUUUCUUAUAGAUAAUAUAUAUAAUAGAGAAGCUCCAUUCACCAUAAAUUGCUGUAUAUAUACUUUUUGGAUUUAAUAUAACUAUAAAAUUAUUUAUUUAUCUCUCUGAACUAUUCAAUAUUAACAGUAUAUUCAAAUUCUGACGAUUGUAAAAUUAUUGUAUGGGAUUUUGUCACAAAUAAAAUCAUUCAUGAGCUUAUCCAUGAUUCAUCAAUGUACGCUAUGGCCAUGUCUCUAGAUGAAGAUAUGCUAUUUUCUUGUACUGAUGACCAAAAAAUUGUUAUAUGAGAUUUAGAAACUUAUGAAAAAAUCAAAGAAAUUAUAUUAGAAGAAACCUCUGUCAGGGCAAUUUUAAUUACCCCUGACAAUAGAUUUGUAAUCACUGGGGAUGAAGCUUUUAGAAUUUCUAUAUGAGAAAUGGAAAAUUUAACCCUAAAACACGUAAUAAGGUCUCAUAGAAACGCAAUCUGAUCUUUAGCUCUGCAUGGAGAUCACCUUUUCAGUGGAGACCAAAAUGGAGAAAUAAUGCUGCAUGAUUUAAAAGAAUUUAAACUUCAUGCAGAGCUUAAAGGGAAUAGUACAAAAGUCCAGACAAUAAAAGCCACAAAAGAUGGAGAAUUGCUGAUAUCAGGGUAUAGAGACGGAGAAAUUAAAAUAUGAAGCAUAAAAAACAGAAACUGCUUGAGGACUAUUAAAUUUCAUACUGAUGUGCUGAGGGAGAUUUAUUGCAGUACUGACGGAAAAUAUUUUUUUGCGUGCUCUGAAGACCAAAGACUGACGGUUUUUGAUUUAAAAAAUUUUGGGUUUAUUACUGGGAUUAAAACGAAAAAUAAAAUUCGAGCUAUGGAAUUUACGGAUGGGGAGCAUGAAAUUGUCUGUGCUUUGGAAAAUGUAUUGGGGAUAAUAUUAAAAUAAGUUGGUAUUAAUAAUUUUAUUAUUUAAGCCUGAUUUAUUAUAAAAUAGAAUAAUUCAAAUCAUCCAAAACCCGCUGAAAGCUUCGUGAUUUAAUCCUAAAAAACCUCACGAUAUCACUAUAUUUGGCCCCAGUUUUGGAAAAUAUAAAUUUAUGAAGUAUAUUUCUGAUAUCAUGCUCUCUGAAACUCCUCCACAUAAUCCUGAAAUGGACCAAUUUAUUAUAUAGGGAAUUCUAGUGAAUUUUCCUGUAAGGGCGGGCAGUUGAUGAGAAUCAUUUGCCAACUCUCCAAUUGCCUACUCUUAAAGUGCAAUUCAUAGAAAUUCAUUAUAGAGCCGUAUCAUCUUAACGCUCUCCAUUUUUAUGCUUACCCCCCUCUUUGAGUGGACAAAAAUUUUUUUCGCUCAUGAAGGGCUUUAAUUUUUUUUUUUUAGCAUUCAUAUCUAAAUUUUAUAAUAAAUUUUAAUCUUUCAAUUUAAAAAAAUCCCGCAAAAAUGGAAAGCAAAUAUUAAUUUAAUUUGUUUUAAAAUGCAAGCUGUUUAAAAUCAAACAUAAUUAGCUAGAGAAUUCAUUAUACCAAUUCUACUUAUAUUUCACAAUUUUUAAUUAAUUUUUAACAGGGCGCAUUUCGCGCCAAAAAAAAAGGGAAGCAAACAGUCCAAAGGAAGGGCGUCAAAGUGGUGGAAUCUCAGUGGAGAAGUGCUGAGGAGCAGGAGAUGGCGGAGUGGAGGUCUCAGAUUUUGAUAGCUGAGUUCGGUUGAGGAAUGAGCGCUCAGUGAUGCAUUAAAAUCAUGGGAUUUUCACAUGGAUAAUAAUUGGGGUGAUUGUUGAGGUUGCUACUGAUGUAUGAAUUGAAGCUGGAUCUGUUGCUGUAGAAGCUGAAAUUGUUUGGAGUUGUUGGAAUAUUUUGGAAUUGUUGGAGUUAAUGAAGUUGUUGGAGUUGCUGGAAUUGUUGGAGCUGUUGGAGUUGUUAGAGUUGUUGAAGAAAAUUGAGAGAAGUGCUGUAUAGCAGCUUUAAGUUUAAAUAUAUAUAUACAUAUUUCAAAAUUUUUAAAUUUAAAAAUUUUUGUUUGUUUUUACCUAAAAAUUAAGGAUUUUUCCAAUGGUUUUGUUCGCUCACUGAGGGGGAGUUACUUUAAUUUGCCAUCACAUUUAAAAAAGAGCAUAAAAUUAGGCGAUGGGUUUUUCCCAUCUAUUCGUAAUGAAACGCCUUUAUCAAUUUGUCUUAAAAAAUCGUAUACAGAAUGCACAGCUGCCAUUUUUAGUGCAAUGAAAGAUAUUUCUACAGCUAAUCCUUAUUCGUUUUAUUAUUUUGAAGACUCUAUUGUUGAUCUGAAUUUUAAAGGUUUUCCAGGGCUAGAACAUCUCUAUAAAAGCAUUUUUAUAAGAUGUAAAGAUUUGUCGUUACCGAAAUUUUGUAUAGUUUGAGCACUGUAAUAGUUGGGCUUUUCUUUAUACUUUCCCACAUACUUGGCAGUUAGCUUUCUACUUUGCGCGUCCUUUGAAGAUAUCUUUUAUAGCCUGAAUGUUGAAUUGCUAUCGUAAAUUAUAAAAAGCCCCCAAGCUGGCCAGAAACAUUAUAAACAGUCCAAGCCAUUUUUGUGCUCUGAUUAUAAUGAAAAAUCAAAACUUCCUUAUAUCGUCCAUUCCAGCUAUAUUAUUCCAAAAAAAGAAAAUUUCAGUACUGGGGUACGUUUUACAAGUGAAGGGAAAGAUAUUAUGUAUUUACAGUCUUUAGUAAGGCUUGACAUUGAAAUUGGCACAAAAGAGAGCUUAAGGUUUUUAGAAAGUCUAGAUAAGUGCCCAAAUACCCAGAUUUUAAAGACAAGAUUAAUUAGAACUAUUUUGAAUGAAAAAUGGGAAAAAAUAGGAUGGGUCAUGUACGUGCAAGCUGCAAUUUUUGCUACUUAUUUAAUUUUAUUAUCAAUUUAUGCAGUUAAAUGAGAAUUUGACGAGAACCAUAUUAUCCCAGCAUUUGUUUUUCAUCUAAUUUUAACAAGUUAUGAGCUGUUUCAGCUAUAUGUGGGAGGAAUUUAUUAUUUAAAAGACUUAUAUAAUUGGGUGGACUGAGGAAGAAUCACCUUAUUUACUAUCCACAUAAUAUUAUUGUGAAGCCACACCUAUCAGGAUUGAAAUGAAUAUAUUUUGGGUGCUUUAAUUUCAAUAUCAUAUUACAGAUCAACGAUAUUUUUUAACAUUUAUUCUAAAACCCGCCUAUUGAACAAUCUUUUACUUGCUGUAUUUUAUGAUCUUAUUGCUUUCUUUAUUAUUUUAUUAUUUUCCACAUUUGCAUUUGCCAUAACUCUAUGCGCAGUUAAGGGAGACACAAGUAUAAGCUUUUUUACAUGGAUAACUUUAGCAUGAAGAGCCAAUAUAGGGGACUAUGACAAUAAUGCGGAUUAUUAUGAUCCCAUGCUUAUGUGGGCAUUUCAUUGAAUAUUUACAGUAAUAAAUCCAAUUAUUUUGAUUAAUUUGCUUAUAUCGCUCAUGGGCGAUACUUUUCAAAGAGUUAAAGAAAACUGGGAAAUUGCGGAUGCAAAAGAAAUGAUUUAUAUGAUGCUUGAAGUUGAGACGCUGCUUUUUUGGAAAAGAAAUAAAGGAAAAAAAGAAUUUUUGCAGACAUGCUCGAGUGUUGAAAAUUUGGAAGAAAAAGAAGAAAUUGUCAAUAAAAAAUUGAUAAAUUUAGAUAAAGAAAUUGGUAUUAUGCUAGAAAAGUUUAAGGGCUCACAUGAAGAAAGGCUAAAAAUCCUAAGAGAGAAUUUAGAUGCCGCAAAAGCGUUUAAAGAGUCGCUUAAUAAAUCUAAAAAAUAUAAAAAAAAGCAAUAA